GCUCUGUCCGUGGUUCUGAAACCAACAUGCAUGGCAUUCAAGUAACGUUUAGUUAUAUAAUAAUAAUAAUAAUCAUAGCUACUUCUUUUUGAAAUGGUGAACCAGUUUGUAGUGAAAUCUGAAUUCUAGAACGUUCACGGAAAAAACGACCGUUCAGAUUCGCUCAACGGAAAAACAUGAUGCCCCUAAACUACAGCUAAAAUGGGUUGGAUAAAAGGAGAUGGUGAGAUAGAGGACUCGUACAAAAUAAGCAAAAUAGCUGCCCAUGUACCCGACCUUGUUGUCUACAGCACCCUCACCAACGAUAUCCCCUACGCAGAGAACUUUCAUGGAGUCCUUCUCUUCGCCGAUGUAUCAGGCUUCACUAAUCUGACCGAGAAAUUUAGUUUGAGUAGCAAGAAAGGCUAUGGAGCAGACGAGUUGACACGCACACUCAACAGCUACAUUGGGGAAAUAGUCAGUCAUAUCCUUGAUGCUGGGGGAGAUAUUCUGAAUUAUGCAGGCGAUGCCAUCUUGGCUCUAUGGACGGUGGAGAGAGUCCAGCUCAGUGAAGUAAUCUCCCUGGUAGUCAAAUGCAGCCUCAACAUCCAGGACCAGUGUGGAGUCCGGGAGACUGAAGUGGGCUGUCAGCUAAAAGUUAAAAUAGGUAUAUCUGCUGGGAAGCUCUCCAAGGUGAUCGUAGGAGACGAGAUCAGUCAGUACUUUGUGGUGAUUGGCCGGGCGGUAGACGAGGUGCGGCUGGCAGAGGGUUUGGCGGUGGCCAGCACAAUCAUCUUGUCACCUAACGCCUGGGAACUAUGUGAGAGGGACAACAUCGCCAUUGACCCCAUAGAGAACGAGAGAGCCGUGAAGGUGCGAUACAUCAAGCGAGAGCCCAGUUUCUCUGUUGAGAAGUACCAGGAUUCAAUAGGAACGUCUGUAGAGCAUGAAAAAGUAGCAAGAGAUUGUGUGAGGAGAGCAUCUCGACUGAUGCCAAACGCCGAGCUUGAGAAAACGUUACGCAUGUACAUCAUGAAAACGGUUUUGCAGAAGAUAGAUGACGACCAGCCUCUGGAGUAUCUUUCUGAGAUGCGUCCGGCCACCAUAGUGUUUGUCAACAUGCAGUUCAAGGGAGGAGAGAGUGACCAGGAGCAGUGUAUGACCAUCCACCAGGCUGCCAUUGGCAUCGGUCAGCAGAUAGUCAAGCACCACGGGAGGGUCAACAAAGUGUUCAUGUUCGACAAGGGCUGUACUUUCCUCUGUCUGUUUGGGCUCCCUGGGGACAAGCGGGAGGAUGAGAGUGCCCACGCCUUACAGGCUGCCUAUGGAGUACAUGACCUUUGCCAGAAAGAGAUCCGCAGCCUCAAGACUGUCUCUGUUGGAGUAACCACAGGCCCAGUGUUCUGUGGUGUAGUAGGACAUCCAGUGAGGCAUGAAUACACAGUGAUUGGACGUAAGGUGAACCUGGCGGCACGGCUGAUGAUGCACUACCCCGGGGUGGUGUCAUGUGACAGCGAGACUUGUUACUACUCAAAGCUGCCCGCGUUUUAUUUUAGCGAGCUGCCCAAGAAAGCCAUGAAGGGAGUCAAGAACCCUGGAGUCCUAUAUCAGUUCAUGGCCAAUAAACAGCCGAUAACUGUUGGUAAAGCACCUAUGUCUGUUGAGAGAGAGGAGGGAUAUCCUCUUUUGGGCCGAGAGAAAGAAAUCGAGGUGUACUCCAGCAUGCUGAAGAGCUUCUUGGAGGCCAGGGCUGCUGGUCACAAGAACUACAACAAUGUUUUGAUCUACGAGGGACCUACCGGCUAUGGCAAGAGCCGCCUGCUGGCUGAGGUGGUAUACAGAACAGCCAAGGAGGGAGUCAGAGUGAUCUCUUUUGAGCUGGCCAAGACGGACAUCAAGCAGUCCAACUACGCUCUCCAGACCCUACUGGCCAUCGUCAUGUCAGUUCAGAACUGUAAGAGCUACGCCGAGCGAGAGAGAGUCCUCCUCUCCAAGAUCCUAGACCCAAAGAUGAGGCAGAACCUCUGCCUUCUCAAUGAUAUCCUGUUAGUCAAGUUUCCUGUGUCUAAGGAUGUGUCACUCAUGGACAGCCAAACGAAGAACAAGAAGAUGAGGAACUACUUUCUGGAGUUGUUUUGCAAGUUCGCCGAGGACGAGCCGUGCGUGUACGUGCUGGACCAGGCUCACUUUGUGGAUCGAGCGUCAUUGGCCUUCCUGCUCGAAGCAUGUGAAAAAUCCUCGGUUCUGGUGUGUAUGGCCCUUCUCCCCCACACCAGUCAGAGCGGGCCCUUCCUGGAGCUUAGCCACAUCAUCAAGGAUCCCCGGACCCUCUACCUUAACCUGCCUGGGCUGGAGCCCCCCGUCAUCGCCCAGCUAGCCUGCCAGAUCCUGGGGGUGGUCCGCAUCCCUAGCGAGGUGGAGCUGUUCCUGGUGGAGAGAAGCCAUGGAGUUCCAUACUACUGUGAGGAGCUCUUGAAGAGUCUGUAUCUGGGAAAUCUGAUCGUGAUCGAGGAGGUGGAGGGGGAGAAUGAGGCUAAAGACGUAGACAUCCUGUUUCCUGAGCCCACCCUGGUGGUACACAGCUCCAAACCCAGCCAGGUGUGGCAAGAGGAGGACGCCAGGGCCGGAGCGCUGGGGCCACCCAAGGCAUCCAUGUUGAAAUCCCGCAAGAUCACAGACCUGGACCAUUUUGUUGACCGGGCUUUGGUCUGUUUUGUCGGAGAAGCGGCCAAAUUCCACGAAGUUCCCAUCCCUCUGACAUUGAAAGGCAUGGCCCUGGCCCACCUAGACCACCUGCAGCCGGCCGACCAGAUGGUGGUGAAGUGUGCUGCCAUCAUCGGCCAAACCAUCACCACGCAGAUGCUCAUCACCAUCCUGCCAGAGUCAGAAAACCCCGACAAGCUCAACCUGUCGCUCACCUCCCUGUUCAAGUCAGGCACGUUUGAGUGCGGCUCCAAGCCCAAGCAGUUCACCCAGCAGCUCACCAAGGAGUCAGAGUGCUGGGGUGCGCUCAACUGCUACUGUGUCCAGGACAGCCAAGAAGACAUCCGUGAAGAAGUGUCAGGCAAGGCGUGUGUGGACGGCGUGUGGCGCUGCAGGGUGAUGCGUUUCUGCACGGCCCUGGUCAGGGAGACGGCCUACGAGCUGUGGCUGAAGGAGCAGAAGAGAGAGAUCCACCAGAAGUGUGCCAGUUACCUCCUUAAGCAGGCCCACCGCUGCAGGGACUGCGGCAUCGCCGAGUUCAUCUUCGGGCACAAGGCAGCUAUAGGGAACAACCUCAUCGAGAUCCACCCGAGUUUGCUAAACAUACAAGAGUCUGGGGAGGCCCUGUUCCUGGGCCAAAGUACACUGGGGCUCCCCAAGGAGACUAUACAACUGAACCAGGUCAGCCCUUUGCAUCCCAACAGUAAGGAGGACGAGUUCCUGUUGAAACUAGAUUCUAUGGUGAAUGAGUACAACACAGUGGACAGAACCAGGAAGUGUAGGUGUGCCCAGGUUACGGAGUGUGUGCUGUGCCCCAUGGUGCGCCACUGCACGGGUGUGGGCGACGUACCCAAAACCUUUUAUUACCUGCUAGAGACCGCCGCAGCCUCGGCCUACCUCUCCAACAACCUCAAGGCCCUGUCCUAUUUAAACGAAGCCAAGAUCAUACUGGAUAAUCUGAAAGCGGGCAAGCCAGCCUUUGAGACUGCCGACCCAAAAGUCAAAGUGAAAAUCAACAACUUUGAGAGAGCCUGUAUUUUCCGUCUCAGAGGGGAGGUGUUGUACAACACAGGCCAAAUCGAGGAGGCUGAGAGCAUGUUUUCCAGCGCCCUACGGCUCCUGAACAGACGUCUCCCUACGAAUCGCGUGGCCAUGUCCCUGAAGUACGUCUGUGAGAAGAUGAAGAGUCUGUGCUACAGAUCCAAGAACGCUGACAACCCUGGAGAGAAGAAGCUGGCGUUCCUCCACGAGCAGAUCUGCUGUCUGUCGUACAUGUGGCAGAUCGGCUGCAUGAGGAGAGCUCCCAAGAACAUGCUCAACGCAUCGCUGGCCAUCACUAUGGAGAUGAACUCAGCCCAGAAGAGUGCACAGGAGAACAAGAUCAUCUUCUCGUGCAUCGACUACCUCCAGUACUGUCAGCUGAGUGGUAUGGACGAGCGGUGUCAGAUCUAUGAGAGGAUGCUGUGUGGAACCUGUGUUGAGCUGCCUGACUGCAUGGAGGGCCUGAUCCUCACCAGCUACUUCAUACGCUCCCUCUCCAUCGUCAAGCUCUGCUCCGGAGCCCUGCACGACUCCAUCCAGUAUGGUCUCCGAGCAGAGCAGAUCAGCAAGCUGACGAACCACCGGGGCCUGGACAUGUUGGUGAUCGCUGUCCUUCACACACCCCUCCUCCUCACACAGAGGUAUGAGGAGUGUGUCCAGCUGAUGCAGAGUCUGGAGUACCUGGGAAACAGGACCCGCAUCAGCACGGCUAAAGGCUGGUUCUAUGCAGGCUGCUUUGACUUCCUGCUCUACUCAGGCUUUGCCUUCCGUCCGUUUGAGGAGUGCUACACCUUUGUGGAGGAGUCCCAGUCAGACCCUAACCUGGUGGCUGAUAAGAGUCUGAUGAUGAACCUCUACUCUGCUCUGGCUCUGUGGUAUGCCCGUCUGUGUGAGUGGGAGAAGGCCUGUUUCUUCUACACCAAGGCCUGUGGAGUGACCCGACAGGCUCCCUCAUCCAUCCACUCCAUCAACGGCAUGGUCAUAUUCCUGGAGUGUCAUGUGCUGCUGUUCAGAAAGGCCCUGGUGGAGCACAACCAACACAUCAAAGCCAUCUACCAGAGCACACAGAAGCACUUCACAGAGUUCAACCGGAAGUACUUGACCAACAAGAUGUACGCGCCCCGGGUGCUGCACCUCAGAGCUUACAUGUACAUGCUGGCGGGCCACGAGGCCCUGGCUAACGCCAUCCUCAACAAGGCUAUAAUGCUGUGUCAGCAGCACGGCAACAAGCUGGAGGAGAGCUGGAUCACACAGAACCAGAUUUCGUGGUUCGGCGUGUUCAGGCAGAGUACCAGCAACUGGUUCGCUUCCACUUUGACCAUGCCCAGCUGGGAGGAGGCUAGGGGGAUGGACCCAGAGGAGCUGGCCCACACCCGCUACACCCUAGUGGGUGUGGGGGGCGAGAUCCAGGCUGACAACUCCAGCCUGCACCUCACCCCAAAGCCAGAGGACACCCAGCUCCUCAAAUGCCAAGGAUAGGGACCCAGUUCCUUUAUUGAGAGUGUGGAGAACACUGUAUAUGGGGAAAGCAAGGUCAUUGCCAAUUUGGUUUUGAACUGUGAUGUUGUUUGGGGUUAAUGAGUGUCGGUAUCAUUUAAUCUGGAUCAGAUGUGGAUGGCCAAGAUAUGAACGUUCACCAAAUGAAAGGAUGUUUCAGUCACUUUAUUGUUUCCUACAUUUCUCUCUCUUUCUCUCGUAUAACAAAUCACAUUUAUAAUAGAACAACAAAUAUCUGAACUGA